UUAGUGCGAGGAAAAAGUGAAGUGAAAGCCCGCGUAGGAUGUCCAUCGGCGAUAGUGGAUUUCGGAGCGUGUGACGCGCUCGUCGACAUGAGACGCCGCUGGUCCAACAACGGAGGCUUCCAGACGCUGCGAAUGCUCGAGGAGAGCUCGUCCGAAGUGACGUCGUCUUCCGCUCUGGGUCUGCCGCCGGCUAUGGUGAUGUCUCCGGAAUCGCUCGCGUCCCCCGAGUACGGCGGACUCGAGCUUUGGGGUUACGACGAUGGCAUGACAUACAACACGGCCCAGUCUUUACUUGGAAACACAUGCACGAUACAGCAGCAGCAACAGACGCAGCCGCUUCCCUCGAUGCCGCUGCCGAUGCCGCCGACGACGCCAAAAUCGGAGAACGAAUCCAUUUCAUCAGGUCGCGAGGAGUUGUCGCCUGCGUCCAGUAUAAACGGGUGCAGUACAGAUGGCGAUGCGCGAAGGCAGAAAAAGGGCCCGGCGCCGCGGCAGCAGGAAGAACUAUGCUUGGUUUGCGGAGACAGAGCCUCCGGAUACCACUACAAUGCGCUCACGUGUGAAGGGUGUAAAGGUUUCUUCAGGCGGAGUGUCACCAAAAACGCUGUAUACAUUUGCAAAUUCGGUCACUCGUGUGAAAUGGACAUGUAUAUGCGACGGAAAUGCCAAGAGUGUCGUCUAAAGAAGUGCCUAGGAGUCGGCAUGAGGCCCGAGUGCGUGGUGCCCGAGAACCAGUGCGCGAUAAAAAGGAAAGAGAAGAAGGCGCAGAGGGAGAAGGACAAACUGCCGGUCAGUACGACGACGGUCGACGAUCACAUGCCGCCCAUUAUGCAGUGUGAUCCGCCGCCGCCAGAGGCAGCUAGAAUUCACGAAGUGGUGCCGCGGUUCCUGUCGGACAAGCUCCUGGAGCAGAACCGGCUGAAGAACAUCCCCCCGCUCACCCCCAACCAGCAGUUCCUCAUCGCCAGGCUCGUGUGGUACCAGGACGGGUACGAGCAGCCUUCUGAAGAGGAUCUCAAGAGGGUUACGCAGACGUGGCAGCAAGCAGACGACGAAGAGGAAGAGAAUGACGCGCCGUUCCGACAGAUCACCGAGAUGACGAUCCUCACCGUUCAGCUCAUUGUGGAGUUCGCCAAGGGCCUCCCGGGCUUCGCCAAGAUCUCGCAGCCUGAUCAAAUCACGCUGUUAAAGGCCUGUUCAAGCGAGGUGAUGAUGCUCCGAGUGGCGCGGCGAUACGACGCGGCCACCGACAGCGUGCUAUUCGCGAACAACCAGGCGUACACCCGGGACAACUACCGCAAGGCCGGCAUGGCGUAUGUCAUCGAGGACCUACUCCACUUCUGCCGGUGCAUGUACUCCAUGCAGAUGGACAACGUCCACUACGCGUUGCUUACGGCGGUCGUCAUAUUCUCAGACCGGCCCGGGCUGGAGCAGCCACAACUAGUGGAGGAGAUCCAGCGGUACUACCUGAACACGCUGCGCAUGUACAUCCUGAACCAGACGGGCGGGUCCCCGCGCACGUCCGUGGUGUACGGCAAGAUCCUCUCCAUCCUCUCCGAGCUGCGCACCCUCGGCACGCAGAACUCCAACAUGUGCAUCUCGCUGAAGCUCAAGAACAGGAAGCUGCCGCCGUUCCUCGAGGAGAUCUGGGACGUGGCGGACGUGUCCACGACGCAGGCGGCGCCCGUCCUGGAGUCGUCGGCGCUCUAGCAACCCUCGCCACGCUCGCCGGCCGGCCGCGGCCUGCUGUAGCCUGCAGCCUGCUGCCUGUAGCCAGCCUGCGGCCGGCGAACACUCGGAGAGAACGCUCAUAGACUGGCUAGUUUUAGUGAAGUGACACGGACACUUAGUCGGACGUGAUGAUUGUAUUUAUAAGGAUUGUGCAAAUUUUAACACUUAAGAAGGGCGCGAGCGCCCCAUUUCGUACGUAUUCGGUGACCGACGACGAACAUGUGCGGGAGAUUAGUGAAUAUAUGUGUUGUUGAACGUUUGGAGAAUAUAUAUUUAGUGUUGAUCGUUGGGCGGAGUCGUUCCGAGCCCGGGCGAGUCGGUCACUCGGAUACGACUGUAUGAUAAGACUUCGUCAAUAAGUACACCUCCUAAAAUAAUCAUACGUACAUACACUACGAGAGUUUAUAGAGAAAAAAAGUAAUAUAUGAAGAAUGUUUCUAUUGGAUGAAAAGAUAAAUAAUUAUGUUUAUUUACCAAAAUUAACGAUGCGUUGUUUGACCUUUUCGAUCGAUAUAUAUCUGGACGGGCCCUCGGCCCGGUUGUAUAUAGUAUACUGACGCAUUAUCGUGUCCGGUUUCGUUCCGAUUCGAGUUCCGUUGUCCUGUCCCGCGUCCCCUACACGAGUAAUUAUAAUUUAUUGCUGUGAUUACAUUUAUAACAUGUUAAACUUACUUAGGCGAAAAUAAGUGUGUCUUAUUACAUAUAUAAAAUUCUACUGCCGUCGGUUGCUUUCUUAAAAGCAUUAAGAGUCUCUCGUCUCUCUGUUUAGGUACUUUUGUAAUAAAUAACGAUAUACACUCGAUUCAUGUUCGCAGCGAGCACCGAGCUGCGAAGCUAGUCGCUUCCUACGGAGCCUAGACCACAGUACAACGUUCUCACUCGUAACACCUCAAUAAUUAGGAAUAAAACAUCAUUAUUAUGUAGUAUUUUCACUGCGAUAAGCAUUUUACAAUUAUUUUGCUUAAGGAAACUCUGUAGUGCCUAAAACUAAAUAAUGUGUCGUAUUUAUUUUAAAUUUAGAAUUAUAGAGGCAGGUUUGGCUAUCGAUUCCCAGUUUUCUUAAUUUUUUGUUUACUUAAGUACAUAAAUUAUGUUCUACUUAUUAGUUGACACAUGGCGUUGCGUGCAUGUAUAAAGGCAGCUGUUAUGUAGGUUCGAAAUUGUAUAGAAAGCAUAGAAAGGUAGCGCCCUUAAAUGUUCUCCAAAAUAAAUUAUUACGUUCGCUUAGCUACGUUCCUUCACCACUAACACGAAAAAAGUACAAAAUGGCAGCUUAUUUAACAUGUUAGUUUGAAAAUAAGUGAACUUUUGGCCGAGCUUACUCUAUGGGAACAAUAUAAGGUAGACGAGAUAUGUCGCAAUGCACGCAGCGAUACGUGAAGUACAUACAACCUAACCUGCCUCUAUACUGCGUAUCUUUAGGUAUUUAAAUAAAAGUAAACAAAUUCGUAAAUUUUCGGGUAGUUAUAACAGUUAUUGAUUAAUCGGCCAAAUACAAAACCGCCUGGAUCCGUCACUUAACGACCUGACUUUAACGUACAUUAUUUGAUCAUGUAAUGUUUUCAUCUACCCCCAACUGGCUUAAGGAGCCAUUUGAGGGUGGAUUUUGUUUACUUUUAUUUAAAUAGCUAAAGAUACAGACUAUAGCUGAACUAAUGUAACAUCUGUACAGUCGUCACUUCACCGAAGCAUGUUCUAAGUACUCGAUCAACAAGAUACUGCCCGUAUUCUAGCUACAUCCAAAAGAAAUGCCUUAUUUUGCGGUACCUGUAAUGUGUACCUACAUUGUUGAUGAAUGAAAUCAUAGUAUAUAGAGAAUAAAAAAGUAAUAGAUCUCAAUUACCCAUAAGCGUUGUUCAUACUUUAGGCAUUUUCUCGUCGUUUUCUGGGCAUUCUUAUUUUUAUCAGAGGGGCAAGCAUGGUCGCUUUUGUUUCCCACAUAAAGUGUGUCCCACUAUAGUUACUACAAAAGUGAGAAGGACGAAUGCUUUAAGUCUGACAUGAAUGCGAUCAUGCUAUAAUAAUCGUUUAGUGCAGGUUUUUGGUAGCUGAAUGUAUACAUGUUAUUUGAAUACAGUGUCCGUCUUUAACAUGUUUGCAAGUGUUAGUAUAGUUCGAUUUCAUUCAUAAUGUUCACAUAACAUUCAUAUCAUCGUCGAACACCAAACAACAUAACGAGUACAUAAUGCGUUAUAAUAAUGUUAGUGUCUCUAGAUGUGUGGAUUGUGUCUUCUUUACUAAUGAGUAUGCCACUGUGUCGUGAGUCUACAUUACACGUAUGCCUGGGAUUUUGGAAAAGCAUUUCUAAUAUACGUACGAGUAUGAUAUGAAGUUGCAUGACGAUCGGGCUUGCACCGCGGGCCAUGCGCUAGUCGCUUCCAUUCGAUUUCUCUUCUAGUAGUAGGCGAUUCCUAAAGGCCCCUGUACACAAUGGGCCAGCGCCGACCAAAGGACGCAGCCAUGCGGUAGAAUGAGCUGGCAAAUGCUCCCUCUAACGCAUAAAUGCGUCCCUCAGACUGGCCCACGCUGGCCCAUUAUGUACAGGGGCCUUAAUAAUAACGAAGCACAAAUGUUUAUUGGAGUGUCUUAUGUGUCUAUAAGGCGUAAUUGAUAACAACACACUGCCAUUGUAAUCGUAUGUUGGUGCGGUAUUGUAUGCGUGAGUUCAUUAGCAGGUUUUCUAUUGGAUUUUCAGUUGUUGUGAAAUGUUAUAUAAAAGACAGUCUUUGACUACCUUUACGCUAUACGAUGCCUUAUGAAGGCGCGGGCGGGUCGCCGCAUCUCCAGUCUAGAUGCAGCCUGAGAGUCUACCGCGAAAAUCGUAUAUCGAAGGCCGCUUUCCCACUGACGUCCAAUUUUUUGCGGGAUCCCGUUUUAGUGGUAUAGAUGCUAAUAUAGUAACUUUCACACGAGGAUUCUGUUUGCGGGAUCCUGCAUGCAUACUACUUACAGAAAACUGGAUCCUGCAAAAAACUGGACGUCAGUGGGAAACAGCUUGAAGCUUCGUUAUCUGCCUCUCUAUAGCUCGAAUAUGCAAUAUUGAUAGAGGCAGAUAACGAAAUUUAGAUUUUCUCGGUAGGCCCUCUUGAGGUGAAGCGACGGCUCGCCCUCGAGCUCGAGUUUGUGACAAAUAUAACUGCCAUUCGUUAAGUAAUAGUUAUACAUACAUGGUUCGAUUCGACGCGUAGUCACAUAACUGAUAGCUUCGUAGUUUGCGGCUUCGUCGGUGCACAGCCGGUCGUAUUUGAUACAUAUUAUUCGAUUUCUAAAUUGUAAUAGAUUUAUUAAGUAUGUAAUAAUGUUACAUGAAAAGUAAUAAGUAAUGAAAUACCCUAAUAUAAUUUGUGUCUUAGCUGGUAAAAAAAUAUAAGUAUGAAAAUAAGUUUGUAUCGCUUAUUGGGAUAAUAAUGUGAAAGUGAGACGAAACACAAGCAUGGAUACAUUUCGAGCGACAAAGUCGCACCAAGUACAGUACCUAUAAAGUGUUAAACGCGCCCAUGGACGAUGUCCGCUUACCAUCAGACGGAUCGUAUACCUGUUUGCCACCAUGGUGGUUACAGUGCAGGGGGUAGGUUGGGAGACGAGGACGAUAAGACUGGGCGAGGGAGCAGGAUGUAUAAUUCAACCUGUUGCACUUCAUUGCCUUUCUGGAUCUAUUUAGUUUGACAGUAAAUAUGUAUGAGUAGGUAUCAGUGACCAAGCUUGGCACAUCCAGUCUAUUACAAAGUGAGGACUAUAGUGUUGGGGAGUCUACGUCGUUUCCAUUGAAAUGUUGUACAUAGGUACCUUUAGAUUCUAUCGUCAUAUGUUUGACAUAUGUUUAAUUUUAUUCAUCUAAGAAAGUACAGAUGGCUGUUGUUAUUUUUAUAUAAUUUGGGUAGAAGUAUAUUUUUUGUAAAUGACCUCUGUAUUUAUCUUUUGUAAGCUUUGUAAGCCAUAGGGACUUAGAUAAGUGAACGAGCUACGAACAUUGUGAUUGCAAAUUUUUUUAAUUUGUAUCCACGGCGAUAUUUUUGUUCUACGUGAAUAAUUAUAAUUUCCAAUUCGACGGAUUUUUUGCUUAAUAAUUUUUGUUACUUCAGAGUGCAAUAUGUACAAAUAUUUACAUAUUAAAUAUAAUGUACAGUCAA